AUGGAUAAUGAAUUAAAUAUAUUACGAGUGCCAUUUUCAAACGAAACGCGUGUCGUGCCACUUUCCGAACCGACAAAUGUUAACAUCGAUACAUAUUUAUCAUCAUCAUCGACAUCGCUAUCAGAAAUCGACGACGGACAACAACAGCACCAGCAACAACAACAAUCAGAUGAUACACCUGGACCAACCAUUAAAAAAAAGCGAACUAAGUGGCACGUCUAUGACACAGUGGCGAAGUUUUUGUUGAAAAAUCGAUUUUAUCUAACGGCUUUAGAAUUUUAUACAGAAUUGUUAGAGAACGGUUAUGAUUUACCUCGUCUGCGCGAAUAUUUUUCUAAUCCAGCAAAUUUCGAAGGCUCGUCUUCAGCUACCAUAACAAAACAAUCGUCAUUCGUUCGAAAUCUCAGUCAUUAUGCUGACGAUUCUGUUUCGUUGGGCGGUGGUGCAGGUGGCAAUGGUGAUUUCCUGUGUCGAACAUCCAGCAGUCAAACAUUCGAUUCGACUUCAAUUGAUAAUAUCACGCGGUAUUCCGAAGAUAUCGACUGGAAUAAUGGAAAUGGUAGUGGUGGACCAAUUACAAGUGCUUGUGCAGGUGCUGAGUUAAAAUUCAACGAUGAACGUGUCGCCGUGUUAGAAUUCGAAUUACGCAAAGCACGUGAUACAAUACAAGAACUACGACAUACAUUAACCUUUGAUUCCGCAGAUGAUCAACAACAGCAUCAGAAAAAGAUAGACGAAAGAAACGGCAAAUAUCAAAUCAAUGCAUUCUCUUCUGCAACGUCACAAACUAUACUUCCACCCGGAUUAGGAGCCCGUCCAUUUGAACGUCGUGCAUUGAACUAUUUGGUCAAUGAAUAUCUUCUUACCAAUAAUUAUAAAUUAACCAGUGUGACAUUCGGAGAAGAAAAUGAUGCAUCCGAUCUAGAAGAUUGGGAUAGCGUGGGUCUAAAUUGUUCCCGACCACCAGAUUUAACUCAACUAUAUCGCUGGUAUUGCCAUCAAUUGAAUGUUGAUCACGAAAAGCCCACGCAAGAAGACUUUUCAAUGUCUGUCAACUUUGAUGACAGUCUUCAUCAAGACUAUCAAAACCUGAAAGAUACUGCUCAAAAAAUGCAACUCGAUCUAGUCGAAUACAAUAAACGAAUUAAUCGCAUCGAAGAAGAAAAAGCAAGUUUCAUCGAUGAAAUCAAUUCUUUGCAGCAUGAAAAGAAAAACCUGCUUAUUCAAUUACAAACUUUACAAAAUCGUUUAGUGUCCGAUGAAUCAUCAAACGAGGUUAAAAUCGACGAUACAAUACACUUACAAUCAUCUCGACAUGUUCCUCAAACUUUUCAACGUAUCUUUCAACGACAAUCUCUAUCAUAUCAUGCCAGUGAAGAUAAACAUGAUGAAGAUAUUGAAUUAAAUCAUGAUUUUGAACAGAAAACAUUCGAAGAAAUCAUUCAAGAACUGAAUACACUUUCACUCGAUCAACAAGACUUAUUAGACUUAAUUGUGCGAACAGUUACAAAGAUCGGUUUGCAUUUGAGUGGCUACAGAAAACUCGAGCUUGUCCCUUUGUUAAUCUGUGCGGCAAUUUUACACCCCAAGCACACGGAGCGCGAUCGUCUACUGAAAACUCUGUUCAAUCUUUACAAAAAACCGUCAUAUAAUCAGCGGCAGGUCCUAUUACACGCUUGUCUCAGUUUUGCCAAGCAAAGUGGUCCAUUGCGUGUACAUGCUGAACUUUUGCCUCAAUGUUGGGAAAAUUUGAAUAGCAAACUCGACGAAAGGCGCUGUCUUAUCGCCGAGGCAUGUGGGAUCUUGACACCACAUUUACCGCAAGAUAUUCGUGUGAGUUUAAUCUUUUCCAUGUUACAACAAAUGCUUGCCGAAGACAAAUGUGAUCAAGUUCGAGCUGUGUGUAGCAAAAGUCUUGCUAUGGUUAUUAAUGAGAUUGAUGAUGAAUCUCGGUUAACUCCAUGCAUUGAGCUGUUAGAUCGAUGUUUAUCGGACACAUCAGAUGUAGUACAAUCAACAAAACAAUAUCUUUUACCAUCCAUUGCAAUAUGGUGCCUCGAGUUGGAUAAAAUUUGUGAUGUUUUCAUUGAGCAUUAUCUUGUUAAAUUAGAAACACUUGUACAAAAUAUUCCAAAUUCAUCAGCUAUUGAUAACCAACGUUUUAAUCAAUUAGUUCUUAUCUUAACUGAUUUGAUUGUGUUUAUGUUUGCAUCAACGUUGAAAGGUAUGACAGUGCCAGACGAUCUUCCUUCGACAACAUCCAUCUCACGGAUUCUACCUGAUUCCACAUCAUCCGAAUUCUACCAGUUGCAUGUCAUUCUGUCUGCGACAAGUGAAAAAUUACUCAGUCAUUACGAUCAAUGUGCAAUGAAUGGGGAAUUUCCAUUUGCCGAACGAAUACAUACGUUUCUCGACAGUUUCUUAAAACGUUCGUUUGAUGCAAUGGCAGUGAUUGAUAUAUCGAAUGGAAAACUAAUUCAUACUUCCAGUGAGUUUAUCAAAACAAUGAGUCGAUAUUUUGGAAGAAACUUCUGGAAAUUAAAAAUUAAGCCAUUGUAUUCUACAUCCAAUCCUUGUACACUUCAAGAGGAAGGUCUUCGUAAAGCUCCUUUCGUUUUAUAUGCUACCGGUGUUUUAUGUUCGUGGACAACGGAACAGGAACGAGCUGAAUUAACUCAAUACAUAUACGAUGCACUUCUGUUUGCAGCUAAUCAAAAACUACCGAUCAACACUUUGCAAGCCAUUUAUGCAGAAGUUGGAUCUGAUAUUAAUUUUCAAGAUAAUUUAUUGAAUAUUCUUCGUGAUUCUUUAACCAAUACCAAUUCUCAAGUUCGAUUGUACACUUUACAACUGUUCAAUAUUACACUACCUUUGGUUGAUCAUUCAAUAAUAUCUUACAAAAUCUUGCCUGCGUUGAUUACGCUUGCAUCUGACGAAGAUAUAACUGUACGAACAGCAACCAUACCGGUAUUUGGAUCAAUUAUCGUCCAAUGUUCGGAGUCUGAAAUCUUAGAACGAGUUUAUGCUCAAUUUCAAAUGUUUGACAGUGAUACAACAUUUCGUGAUGAACAUCGCGUUCAAAGUGAAUUCAUUAAGACAUUUACUCAAAUCGCACCGCAAACCGAAAGUAAAUUUCGAGAAGAUUUCAUUCUUCCGUUUUUGGCAUUCAUCGCCUCGCAAAAUUCGCAACCACAAUCAGAACGCGGCCAAGCUAAGCGUCUGGAAAUUGCAACUUAUCUAUUCGAGGCAUACAGCGCAUUGUCAUGCUGUUUUCACUCGGGACAAUCGAUAUUGAAUAGUUUUCUUCCUGGCCUGUAUUGUUUACGAGUUGACUUUGCACAAUUACGACCUGAUAGUGUUGCUGUACUAGACUCCAUUAUCAAAGAUCUCGAACAUAAACUUGAACAAUACCGACAGGAUAGCUCAUUGUUAAUCGGUGGUGCCAGUCUCAAUCAAGAAAAUAUUCGAGGGCGAAUGCUCAAAGGUCUAACUAAUAUUCGCGAUUCAACGGAGAAAUUAACUUAUCGAUUUAUGAAAAAGAAAUAG